GCUGGUGAAUAAUGUGUUGGCUACAUUGCGUUGCACAGAUGCUAUGCGUGCUGUGUGGAUCCAGCCAUCUCCAUCCUCUGUACAGCAGCAGCGUCCCGUUCACAGCCCAGAAACAGCACCGCCCGGCGGGAACCUGCUGACGAAGCACCGCCCGGCUCAGCUAGCCCGCCCGGCGCAUGGACGCUCCAGCACAAUGGCAGAGGAUUUGGGGAUGCCUCUGUCGUAUACCAACAACAGGUCGCAUGGAUAAUCCCUCCACAAAAACCCUCCCGCAUCGUUUCGUUUUUGGGAUGAUUAGAGCGCCGCUGUCGGCUUGAUGUGACAGGAGAGCCGUGCGGGAGCGGGGCGUCUUGUCCCGGCUGUCGACUGAAAGCAACAACGGCGUGGAGCAGGUGCGUUCAUGACGCUGAUCCACCGCACAUGCACACAUUAUAUUACCGAGUUGCAAGCAGGUGUAGUGUGGCUGGGGGGCUCAGCAGGAUGGAAAUAGAUGCCCGUUUCCGCUACUAUUUCCAGCACCCGUGGUCACGUCUCAUCGUGGCCUACCUGGUCACCUUCUUUAACUUCCUCAUCUUUGCGGAAGACCCCAUCUCUCACAGUCAGACAGAGGCCCAUAUGAUUGUGGUGGGCAACUGCUUCUCCUUCCUGUUCAACAAGUACCCGGGCCUCGAAUGGAACGCCCUGAAAGUAAUAUGCUGGAUACUGGCCAUUAUCACCGGCAUGUUAGCUGGGAAGUUUAUAUUCCACCGCCAGCUCUUUGGUCGAUACCUGCGCCUGAAAGUGUUCCGCGAGGAUCAUGGCUCCUGGAUGACCAUGUUCUUCAGCGCCAUCCUCUUCCUCUUCAUCUUCUCACACAUCUACAACAUUUUCCUGCUGAUGGCUGGAAGCAUGGAGCCUCACUUGGUGACAGAUUACAUGGGCAUCAGGAAUGAGAGCUUUAUGAAGAUUGCUGCCGUGGGGACGUGGAUGGGAGACUUUGUCACAGCGUGGAUGGUGACAGAUAUGAUGCUCCAGGAUCAGCACUACCCAGACUGGGGCAAAGCAGCCAGAAGGUUCUGGAAACAAGGCAACAACAGGAUUGUUCUCUUCUGGACUGUGCUCAUCAUUCUGACCUCGGUGGUGGUUCUGGUCAUCAGUACGGACUGGAUCAGCUGGGACAACCUGAACCGCGGCUUCCUGCCCAGCGACGAGAUCUCCAGGGCCUUCCUGGCCUCCUUCAUCUUGGUCUUCGACCUUCUCAUUGUCAUGCAGGACUGGGAGUUCCCGCACUUCAUGGGUGACCUGGAUAUGAAUCUUCCAGGAAUGUCAACUACGCAUGUGAAGGUCAAGCUUCCUCUCUGCAAGAGUAUCUUUAAAGAGGAGUACCACAUCCAUAUCACAGGUAAGUGGUUCAACUACGGUAUCAUCUUCCUCGUGCUGAUCCUGGACCUGAACAUGUGGAAGAACCAGAUCUUCUACCAGCCCUACGAGUACGGUCAGUAUGUGGGCCCCGGUGAGAAGAUCUUCACAGUGGAGGAACCAGAGACUCUCCGCUUCUUCAACCGGAGCACUCUCACCUACGAGUGGCGCUCCACCAACAUAAAUCCCGACAGCAACCUAACCUACGUGGAGCGGGACAUGUUCCUCCACAGCCGCUGGACCGGAUCCGGCCUGGACAUCAAGUGCCUGGCCUUCAUCCCCAGCCUGGCUGCGUUCGUCCUCUUCGGGUUCUUCGUUUGGUGGUUCGGGCGAUUUCAGGACAGCGAGACGUUCCCGGAAAAUCCGGACAAGUCGUAUGAGAGGAUAAAGAGGAAGUCGCCGUCAGAGUACAGCAAAGAGAUGGGAGUGACGCCAGAAGAGGUGCCCAUGAACAUGAGUGACAGUCUGAAACGAAUUGGAACGCCAAUGCUUCUCUCGGUGGACGGGCAACAUUUCGGAGCGACGCCCUCUACGAACUCAACUAUCUCCAUGGAGACCCAGGAGACACAUCCGAGCAUCGUGAUUGACAGCGCAGAGCAGGAGGAACCAGCUGUCUCUUUUGAUGUCCACAAACUCUCUCCGUGACCUUAUGAACUCCUGAAACUUCAUUUAUAAAUGAGAGCUCAAGAUUCAGUCGGUCAACAUCUUAAGACGUCUCUUUUUCCUUGGACAAGACCAAGCUUCAGUAGAAGUUGACCAAAAACUGUUCAUGAGAUUUGGAAAAUAUGGACAAAGUGAUGUUCCAUGAUCACAAAGGCCAGUCCUGAUGGCUGUAUUUGUUUGAAUAUAUUUUUCUAAAUCUAUUUUUUAAACAGCACCGAGUCUGAUAACAAACACAGAAUGCAAAACUUUUAAUUGACAUGGUGCUCGCUCGGGUUUUGCAUUUUCAUAAUUCAAUUUUGUCACGGGGAAGCCAUUGUGGUGCCUAUAUACCAGAGGAGUAUUUAUACAGUCAUGACAUUGCAGCCAGGUGGAGUUUAUCGUAUCACACCAAUGUUACAGCUACACUAGUGCCUUGAUAUUUCAUAUAUAACCAGAUACAGACUGAAACAUAUUCAGUCUAUGCUACUAUAGGCAACAAAAUGGAAGAUGUCCAAGUUACAGUAUGCUUUAACGUCUUAUUUAUGUAUCACCUGGACAAUUGUUACCUUAUUUUAUCCUAUGGCUUUAUCAUUUUAAUGUAUUAUCAUGUGACGUCAAUCUCACUCCCACUUCUUGUUAAAUGACAUGAUUAUGAACAUUGAUGACCUACAUUACAUUACAUGUUACUUGUUAGACGCUUUUAUCCAAAGCGACUUACAUACUCAAUACUGUGGACAAUCCCCACAGGAGCAAUUUGGGGUGAAGUGUCUUGCCCAGGGAUACAACGACAUGCUGACUGCAAUGGGGUUUGAACCUGUGACCCCCUGCGCACAACCCACUGCGUCACACGCCGUCACCAGCGCCAUAUAGACUGAACAUGAACCACGUGACGAUAACCGUUUUUGGACUUCCGUUGUCGUAACUCUUCUAUCUAUAUGGCGCUGGCCGUCACCUAUUCAUAUCCUCUCUCUUGAUAUUAGUUACAGAGAUAUUAAAUGCAAUCAGCUAACAUCAAAUAGCUAACCAACAAUCCACCUCAUGAUUGCUCGUGUGGCCGCUGCAACUGGACUGAAUACCAACACAGUCAGAAGGGUGGUUUUGCCCUUGGCAUAAACACGCCAUUGAAGUGCAGAGGAGGCUUCUGCUCCAAAGCUCAGGAUUUCUUUAUGUCUAGAUAAACCUUAAAAGGUUUAGAAGCAGUAUUUUCAGACAUGGUAAAUGCAUGAAGACUUAUUUAUUUAUUUAUUUAUACAUUAUCCUAGUGUUAAAAAAAAAGAAAUAUGAUGUUCAAACACAACUGAAACCUUCAGCAUUUAUCUGGCUUGAAAAGUAUUCACUGCCUUUCCACAUAUUCUCCUAUGCUACCAAAUCUCAUUUAUAUUGGGAGUUUUUGGUCCAAAAAGCAUGCCCUUCAGUUUUUUCUGUGAAGUGCAAAUACUAACUCAAUUACCAAAUUACUAACUAAUGAUUUUUUAGGUGUGGCACUUUCAAUAAGUAAAAGUAAUUUGACCAAAGAUACUGUACAACAUGUUUAAGUGUUCUCAACAAAUAAUGCUGCAUAAGUUGAUAUGCUAAUUUAAAGGAGCUAUAUUCACGAUAGACAGAGUGGAAUGAUAGUAUGUGUUAUUGCACCACUCUGCAAUGUCUGCAUUAUAAUGGACUGUAAUGUAGCUACUAUAAUGUCCUGGAAAAUGAUUUCCCAAAAACAGAGAAAUAUCAAACACUAACCACAUCUUUUGCUUCCUAACACAGUUGUGACAGAGUUUUGUUCAAACAUUAUUAUAAGUAAUGAGCCUGGGGUGUGCCGCCAGAAGUUACAGAGUCCUGCAUAAUUUAACUUUAAUCAUUAAUGACUCAAUUUUCUUUUUCUGUCUUUACAUGAUUUUUUUACUUACGUCAUAAUGCAUCUUACAUUUAAUGUGUCUGCUUCUUUCCAUUUACAGUUUUCAUUUCGGAGUUGCUCAAAUUUAAAGACAUGUGUGUUAUUUUGAGAUGUGUUCAUAAGCAGCAGCUGUCUGAUCUCUGAUUGGUCAGCUCCCAUGUAUUGGCAGCAGUCUGACCAAUCAGAGCAGCUUCUCUGUGUGUUGGAUUUCAUUUUUAGGUGUCACACUGCUAACAUUUCUUUAAAAAGUUAGUUAAUACACCAACUAAAUGUGCCUCGAAUUAAUGAAUUGAAUAGUUAAUCAGUGUAACAUAUUUUUGAUGUGAUAAUUUGUUAAUUUAUUAUAUUUAAUACUGUAAAACGUAAUUAUUAUUACGGUUGCACACCCCUGACUGUGUGUGUGUGUGUGUGUGUGUGUGUGUGUGUGUGUGUGUGUGUGUGUGUGUGUGUGUGUGUGUGUGUGUGUGUGUGUGUGUGUGUGUGUGUGUG